AGGCACAUGCUUCCAAUGUGCGAUGUAUUUAGGUAGGACAUUGGGGAAGCCCAAGGCCAUGGAGAACCAAAAUCUCCCUCAACUUAUCCGCAAGAGUAGUGAGCAAGUAGGCAAUUGGAUCGAACUUAGUAAGGUUUGGACAUCUUUCAUUUUGCCCCAAAUAGGCUUGUUUGCCUUCAAAUACAAACCAGGGGAGAAUCCUCUAUUCAAAGCAGAUCAUGUAGGUGUCUUUGGAUUGUUGGGGUCGUCUUUGAUUGUCUACAUUAUAACCUUGGUGGUCUUGUCUCUGACGAAAACCCCAACUCCAACCACAAGCCGUCUUCCAUUAUUGAUAUGGCAUGUUUGUUGGAGUUGUGGAGCUCUAACUUGUGGCAUCCUCUCCUCCCUACUUUUCCUGUAUGGUUGGGUUAUUUUCUGCUUCUAUGCGUUAUUUUUAUGGGUGGCACCAUGUAAACCGUUAAGGAAUCUCAGAUGGCUCCGCCCGCCUCCAAACACUCAACAACAUCUGGAUUCAGUUGAUCUUAUAGUGGAAGAGGUGACAGUGCUUCAUCCAGCAGCAUCGACUCUUGAUAUGCAGGAGUCUUCCAGUUCUACUUCCAGCCCCUCCUCUUUUGACAAAGAUUUUGAAAACCUACAAGUUUGGAAGUAUGUUUGAUGCAUAUUUUAAACAUGCAUGCAUGGUUUGCUGUUUGUCUACUUGUAAAUAGGAAUCCAGAAUGUUAAAAAUAAGAUCUACUUGGUGGUAUAAUAGGUAAACGAUGAUUAUGAAGUAAAUUGGUA